UGAACUUGUGGAAACUUCAGUUGACAUCAUUACUCUGGACCGGCUGAAGGUGUUUGCCUUCGUUCCGCGUUGUAAACAAUCAAACUAGAGUAAAGUUCACACGUACUACAAACGUACACACAUGUCAUGCUCAGAAUUCGAUAUCACGAUUAGCUGAUAAGAUAAGUGUCCCUCCUGACGCCGCCUAUACCGCUCAAAACUGCGGUGUCGAUCUAGCUGGUCAGUAAGUAUUGAGAGCUCGAUGACAUUGGCCUAAUAGCUAAUAAAACGGAAAGGUGCCACUUUCAAAAAUGGACUCUGGAAAUAGAAAGUUGUCGCAGGACUAUGCAGUAGGAGGUGCAGCUCAGGAAAAAUGCCAACAAUGGGUCGAGAGCAGCGAGUUUUCAACGAUAAGCAACGAUGACGUUUCCUCUCUCAGUGGUCACAGCACGGAGUUUAUUUCGACCGUUGCCGAUAGUGAUAUUAGCUCGAUAGCGGAUGAUGUCGCCAAUAUCAACAUCACCAAGAUAGACAAGGGAAAUGAGCUGAAAAUAGUAUCAAACACCGCCAACGUCACUGAUAUCAACCACACGGAGAUUCUCCAGACGGUCUUCAAAGGCAAUAGCACACAAACGUUCGGAAACAUACAGAUCGAGAACUCGAACAAAAUCCACAUCGGCAACGUAACGUACGUGACUGGCCCGAUUCACAUCAUCCACACGAACGGGAAUAACCUCGGAUCGGUCCAGCAACUGAUCACAACAACUACACCUGCGGCGGCACAUCCCCAUUCCGAUCAAUCGUCGGAACAAGCCUCUAAGGAGUUCGUCCGGUCUCCUCAUGGAGCAAGUGAAGGCGAAAGCAGACGGACUACCGCGGAACAGGUCGAACGAAAUCGGGAUGAUUUGUUUGUGUCGAACGUUUCAAAACAUAUUGAUACUAAAGUGUUACGGAUAAUUGACAGAAGGACAUGGCUUGCCCAACCUGCACUAGAGUUUCAACCAAUGGAGUCUCCGGUACCCUACGUAGUCAUCUCUCACACGGCAACGGAAACUGCGGACACACAGGCAGGGAUGGUUUACAUGGUCCGGAACAUUCAGUGCUUCCACAUUGAGUCCCGGCGCUGGCACGACAUUGCUUACAACUUUCUGGUGGGCAAUGAUGGGAAUGUCUACGAGGGUCGCGGCUGGCAGCGAAUUGGAGCUCACACCCAUGGGUACAACAGCCGAGGAAUCGGGAUUAGUUUUGUGGGCUGCUUCAUGAAUGAACUUCCGGCCAAGGUGGCGAUCGAGGCGUGCAAAUUACUCAUUGAGAGAGGCGUUAAGGACGGUUACAUCCAGGAAGACUACAAACUCGUGGCACACUGUCAAUGCAGUCCAACCGAAAGUCCAGGGCGGAAGCUAUUUGAAGAGGUCAAAACUUGGCCACAUUGGACUGCAGAUCCAUGACUUAGACUUAUGAGGCGUUUCUCGAUAUACUGAAACAAAAAACACUUAAUUUGAAUAAAAAACAGUAUACUUUUCAAUAAAUGUGUGAUAUUGAAAUCA